GAGACCUCACCCGCCCCGGAACUUCAACUUUUCAGCUCAGCCGAGGAGGUCGCCGUUCUCUGCCCCACCGCGCCGGCCUGCUCCCCGAUGCUACGCGCCCUGCCCCGCGCGCUGCGCCUCCCGCGCCCCUGGAUGUCCCUGGGGGCCCGCGACUGUGCCUCCCACUCGAGGACACCCGAAAUCCAAGUGCAGGCGCUGACAGGUCACAACCAAGGAAUCACUGAGAUUCUGAUGAACAGACCUCAUGCCCGCAAUGCCUUGGGAAAUGUGUUUGUUAGUGAGUUGCUGGAAGCUCUGGCCCAGCUUCGGGAAGACCAGCAAGUCCGAGUCCUGCUCUUCAGAAGUGCAGUGAAGGGUGUGUUCUGUGCAGGUGCGGACCUGAAGGAGCGGGAGCAGAUGAGUGCUGUGGAGGUGGGGACCUUUGUCCAGCGGCUCCGAGGCCUGAUGAGUGAGAUUGCAGCCUUCCCAGCUCCCACCAUUGCAGCCAUGGACGGAUUUGCCUUAGGUGGGGGCUUGGAACUUGCCCUGGCCUGUGACCUCCGAAUAGCAGCUUCCUCGGCUGUCAUGGGGCUAAUUGAGACCACUCGAGGACUUCUCCCAGGAGCAGGAGGGACUCAGAGGCUGCCCCGCUGCCUGGGUGUGGCCCUAGCGAAGGAGCUCAUCUUCACAGGCCGGAGACUGAAUGGGGCACAGGCUCAUGAGUUGGGCCUGGUAAAUCAUGCUGUGGCUCAGAAUGAGGAGGGUAACGCUGCCUACCAACGGGCCCUGGCCCUGGCACAGGAGAUCCUGCCCCAGGCUCCCAUUGCUGUGCGCCUGGGCAAGGUUGCCAUCGAUCGAGGGAUGGAGGUGGACAUUGCAUCAGGGAUGGCCAUUGAACAGAUGUGCUAUGACCAGAACAUCCCAACCCAGGACAGGCUGGAAGGAAUGGCAGCCUUCAGGGAGAAACGACCCCCCAAAUUUGUGGGCAAGUGAUCUAGCUAACUUUAAGCACACACCAUAAAGCCCAGGAUCCAGAGGAAAAGUUUGCAGCAGGCUAGCUCUCUUCAGUUUCUUCACAAGGACGACAGACAUUGUGAUUGGUAUGAUGCCUAGAACCAAGGUGCUGGCCAUGCCACCCACUGCCACCUUCCAUACCGUUCAUCUGGACUGCUGGGUUCUCUGCACUCAAAUAAACAACUGAUCAUCAUGGAUGAACAGUGAGGACAUCUUCCUCUCACAAAGUAAAUCCAGCCAGGUUUUACUCAGAUUCCAGCUCUCUAUAGGUAACUCAGGGGGAAUUCUGGACAAAUCAUUUAACCUCUCUAGAACUCAGCUUUUGUAUCUUUUGAUCUUUUUGUAGCUUAUGAUCAUUUCUGAUGACUUAAAAUCCUUGUGUUCAAUAAACAUGCUGCACCUGA